CCGAGCACCCCAGCAACUGGUUUUUUUAUUUACUUAGAUUUUGCUUUUCUAUGAGGAGGUAUGCGGCUUGCAUGGAUGGAAGGAGAGUGGGGGAAUGGUCCCGAGCGUGAUGCUAGGGGAUUAUGUGAGGGCGGGGUGUUUAGGUGGGUGGAUGGGUUACCGGUAGUGGAUCAUAAUCAAUUGCUUCGAGCAUCUGCUCCCCCCCCCUUUUUUUUUACUCACUUCCCAUGGUCUUACAAGGGUAUGGUGAUUGUGAUGGAUGUGUUUGAAGUGUGGGCUUCGCAACCUUUUUGCUAGGCUUUUGCUUUUGAAACUAGGGUUUGCAGUUUCGAAGCAACUAUUGGGUUCAGCUUUCCCUCCAGGCUGGCGACUUUAUGGCGCGUUUGACGGUGUGGUGCACCCCGUCGGCUUGUACAUAGUCUGUCGCUUGCUCUUGUUUUUUUUGGGGGGGGCUGAGGGACGGAAUAGAGGGAUGAAGAACCGCAUGGAUCGAAGUCUCUUGGCGAGGAGGAGUGUGGUUACGUUGGAUCUUGGAAUUGUUCGGACUGGAGAGAUGUUCAAGGUGCUAAGUGUUGCUUCGAUAAUGUGGUCUACAGAAACUCGUGGGUUGUGUGAGAUGAUGUCUCUUUAAUAUAGGGAUGUGGGUCUUCAAGGGCUACUACACUCGCGUUUUGGCGUUGGGUUGUUCGAGGUGGGCAGGAGUAACGCCCAUGCCCACGCCCAUGCCCACGCCC